UGUGUCUAGGUUGCCUGUUGUUUCCGCGUCGUGCCGGCCGGUGCGAUGGAAACUUCAUAAGCCACGGAACCAUAAUGACAGAAGAACAGCAACAGAAUGCCGAGGGGGGCCAUUCCGGAAGACUUCCCGGAAUAACUCCGGAAAUAGCCCAAUUCAUCCAGGAGAUGGUGAUGGAGCAGCUGGGAAAC